GGGGGGCGCCGGCCGUCGCUUCCCGCCUGGGAGGUUGUCAGAUGCACCUGUGUUCCUUGGUUGCAGCGGCCCUGGGGGAAGGCCAGCGAGAGCGAGGGCCUUAUCAUGGCGUAGUCCCUGCCUGCCAUGUCGAAGACUCAUGACACAUCGCACACUCGAAUAUUCAAACCUUCUGCUACUCUGCUGCUCUGCUGCUUCUGCUAUACACCAUACAAGACGCUCUCCCUCCUCCCCUGUACGCUCCGGAUCCCGCGCUGCUGCUGCCCGAACACGCUAUCGGCUUCGUCCCGACACCGACUCGCUGAUCCCCAUCGCCGAUCGCUAAGACGUCUCGGAACGGCCAUAGUGAUAGAGUCGAGCUCCACAGCUGCAUCCGGCUACAACAACACACCGCCAGCACCUUUUUUUGUCCUUUUGUCGCUUAGUCCUGUGUCGCGUAAGGCAGUUCUAUCACCGUCUUAAAUUUCAGGCCUCAAAAUUCACCUCCUGUCCCCUAACCAACUUGCCCUCGAUACCAGAGAGCCCAUAUCCGAGACUCCCAGGUAUGUCUAUUACCAACCGCUCCAUACGAGCAUAUAUACUCGCCUGCAUACC